UUGGGUCUGUAAUUCUGUAUUUGAUAUUCGAUUUGUUUCAUUUUUUAUUUUAUUUAUUACAAAUUCUCUUUACGAAGUGUAUUAAUUUAAUACUUUCAAUGAGUUUUGACCGAAUGAUGUUGAAUAUUAAGCGUCGAUAAGCACAACUAUUUAAUUUCUUUUGUAACUAGAAAAUAUUAUAUUCCGAAAUAAAUACAAAUUAACACCUUAUAAUGGGUAAAUGUAUUGUGAAACAAUGUAAUUCUCGUACUCAAGUGGAUAAAGCAAGCGACGGGAUCAGUUUUCACACAAUCCCCAAGGAUCCUGUACGUCGUGAGAAAUGGGUCGAAGUUAUAAGAGUACUACGAAAGGAUCCUAAAUGGAAUGCAACCAACACCACAGUCAUAUGCUCAAAGCACUUCAGGAAUGAAGACAGAAUUCUUUCAAAAUUGGAGAAGGGUCGUAUUUACUUGUUAGAUGAUGCGGUUCCUCUGCUUGAUGAUUCUCUAUGGUCAAACGCUGAUUCUCAAGUAACAAAUAGUAAUGCAGGAGACUUGAACAAUUCUACAGAUGGACAGCCUGUUAUUAGUAAGGUUGGCAGGAAUCUACCCAUAUGUCCCAAGUCGCGGCGGCCAUUUCGAGCACUUGCGAGCAGAACAAAGGCGGCGAGGUUGAGUCGAGCGAAUACCGACGUUAUGGCAACUAUGGUGGAUGACAAUAUAACAGACCCAACCAGACCAGUGAAAAGAAGAGUGGACGUUCUUCUACUCAUGUGUCAAAUCAUGAUGCGGGAGAAGGACCACGAGAUAACAAUACUAAAGAAGCAAGUAGAGAAGUUAACGAAACACAACCUCCGGUGGAAAUCCACAAUGCUAGAAGUACAAAAAAGAACAGGCGUGAAUUUAGAGGAUUUGUUAGAUUGGAAAGAAGAUUUAGAACCUCCGUGUAAAAAGCCGAAGGGUAUACCACUGUCAUGCAUAAAAAGAGAAAGAGACAGUGGGACAGCAAAAAGAGAUAGACAAAGUGGGAGAGAAGUUAAAGAUAGUAAACAAGUAAAUUCAGGUGCCCCAUUGCAAAUGCUAGACAAUAAAAUAGAAGUAAAAAUUGAAAUAGAAGUCGAACCUAGUGCAGUGAUCGAUGAAGCCGUAGUUAACAGUGAUUCAGAAGAAACUGGGGAGAGUAUAGACAAAAUGUAUAUUAAAAAAGAGGUGGAUGUAGAUUUUGAUUUUGAUUGUGAUGCGGAUGAUGCAGUUAUGUAAAUAUGUGAAGUUAUAUCGAAUUGAUGAUCUCUUAUAGUUUAAAUACUGUUUUGUGAAUUGCAGUCUUAAAUGUUAAAGCCUAAAAUUGUAGGUUCAUUUCCAACCUAUUCACGUUUUUUGCUACGCCCUGCCCUCUUUGGUAAUGAAUCUAUUCUUCUUUCGGUUCAACUUUCGGCAACUAAAUGUUGUGACGACUUUAGCGUAUUCGGUGAUAUUUUUAGAUAUUUAUUUGUAAAGUUUGUGGAAAGGACAGUCUUAAAUGUAAGUGCCGAUCGUUUUAGGUUCAUUUCCGAACAAUUUGCGUUUUUUGCUACGCUCUCUUUGGUAAUUAAUCGAUUCUUCUGUCGGUUCAACGUCAACUAAAUGUUACCCCAGGGGGAAAAUUGAUGGUUAGUAAUGUGAAUUAAUAACCCCAUUGCUAGCAAUGUCCGAUAUCAGGUUGACCGCCACGCGGUUCCCUGGAAACCAUCAAGAUAAAUUCCUGGCGAAUUUGCCACGAUGAGCAAACUGUUCUGACCUGACCUUGGUAUCUUUGUCUAAAAUGACAGUAGGUGGGUCAUAAUCUGUGUUAAUGCUCCACAAUCGCAAGCCUCCCUUGAAGCGACAUCCCAUUUCACCAAGUUGUACCUGCAGCGGCCCACCUGGAUACGCAGUCUAUCAAGGAAUUUCCAAAUAAGCUAGCAAGCCGUUAUCUGGGGAUAGAUUUUUGGCUGGUUCCAUAAAGUCCAAAGGAGCAGAAUGGUUUGACAUAAACCAAUGAAAUUACUGCAUAAGAAGCGUGACAUCUU